CGCAAACUCCGAAGUCGCCGAUCGGCAGGGAACUUUUUUAGAGCGAUGAUUCAUCGGUGUUUCAAUCGAAAUAUUAAUAUUGGUGCUACUCGCCAUUUGCUGCUUGACUGUUUUCGACUAUUCAGUGUUCUCAGGAGAGUGUCUUGAUUCCAACUACCCCGUCGAGAAAGAGUUCUCUGCCAUCGCACGCACAAUCUUCGCUAACCAUGUCGACGUGGGGUGACUACUUCAGAGUCACGACCUAUGGCGAGUCGCACUGCCGCUCAGUCGGGUGCAUUGUCGAUGGCUGCCCUCCUGGCAUGGCCUUGACAGAAGACGACAUCCAACCGCAAAUGACUCGACGGAGACCCGGCCAAAGCGCCCUCACUACCCCACGCAAUGAGAAGGAUAGGGUUGAAAUCCAGUCAGGAACAGAAUUUGGCUUUACUCUCGGUACACCAAUUGCUUUAAUUGUUCGCAAUGAGGACCAAAGACCCAAAGACUACGGCGGUAGCACGAUGGAUCUGUACCCACGCCCUAGCCAUGCCGAUUUCACAUACCUUGAGAAAUACGGGGUUAAAGCCAGUAGCGGAGGAGGUCGCAGCAGCGCUCGCGAGACUAUUGGACGCGUUGCUGCCGGCACCAUUGCGGAGAAAUAUCUGAAACUCGCCCAUAAUAUUGAAAUUGUCGCAUUCGUUUCAUCUGUUGGCAAUGAACACCUUUUCCCUCCUUCCCCUGAGCAUCCUUGCUACUCGACAAAUCCUGAAUUCUUGAAACUGAUUGAAACGAUCUCUCGGGAGACGGUCGAUGAGUUUGCUCCUGUCAGAUGCCCCCACACAGAAGCUUCCGCGCGUAUGACAAAAGUCAUCGAGAAAUUCCGUGACAAUAAGGACAGCAUUGGCGGCACCGUAAUGUGUGUUAUCCGAAAUGUUCCAGUUGGUCUAGGGGAGCCCUGCUUUGAUAAGCUGGAGGCAAAGCUGGGUCACGCAAUGAUGAGCAUCCCAGCCACAAAAGGGUUUGAAGUUGGUUCUGGUUUUGGUGGUUGCGAGGUACCGGGUUCAAUUCAUAAUGAUCCAUUCGUUGCAUCUCCGGAAGUUCCUGAGAAUGAAGCUGGUGCGGGAAUCAACAACAAAAAAAGAUUGACCACAAAAACAAACAAUUCUGGAGGUAUUCAGGGUGGUAUUAGCAACGGAGCCGAUAUCUACUUCCGUAUUGCUUUCAAGCCUCCAGCGACUAUUGGCCAGGCACAAAUGACAACGAAAUAUGAUUUUGAAGAAGGCACCUUGGAAGCCAAGGGUCGUCAUGACCCUUGCGUUGUACCCAGAGCUGUGCCAAUUGUCGAGGCCAUGUCUGCCCUUGUGGUUAUGGAUGCUCUGCUUGCACAAAAAUCUCGCGAGGCUACGAGAAGUUUGCUUCCACCUUUACCCAAGUCGUUGCCGAUAAGACCCGAGAACGCAAACGAAUAUUAACAGCGUAUUUAGCCGCAAUGAUUGCAUCAAUGAGAACGGUUGCCUGACUCUGCGUCGUUGACAUCUUGCAAUUCUUGUUGAUACUACGAUAGACCUACUUGUGGUAGAUAGACCUUCACUGAUUAGUAAACUAUUAAGAAUUGAUUUUGAAAGGAUUGUAAUAACGAGUUAAA